AAUAACUCCAUAAUAGCAACAAUCUCUCUCUACAUUCUCUCUCUUCAAAUCUCUUCUCCUCUCGCUCACUUCCUCUUCCUCAAUCGCGAUCCAUUUCUGCAAAAUCACCCCCAAAUUAUCAAUUUCACGCUAUUCCAUUCACAAAUUCUAUACCUAACCUUCGAUCCGCAUCCCCAAUCUUCAGAAAUUCCUAACCCUAGUUUUUCCCCCUUUUUUUAUUGCACAAACCCUCGAUAAUUGUUGUCCCUUAGUUUUUUCUCGGAGCAUAAUUUCAUGGAUACUCCACAAUAUUUUUGAAUUGAAUCUCUAUCUCCCGUGAAUCCGUGUUCUGAAUUUUGCUCAAGGGGUGAUGAUUUGUAUAUACCAAUCUUUACGUUUCUUUCGGGAAUUUCAUUGAAGGAGAGAGUAGUUUUUUCAACUUUUUUCCGGGGUGGUGUUGCUCGAUUUUCGCAAAAGAGGAAGCUUGAGAGGGUUUUGGAUGACGGGUCUCGUUGAUUGAGCUGGAUCAGUGAGUGGGAUUGUUUGUAGGUUUUGGGUUUUUUGAUAGCUUUGAAGAUUUUCGUAUAAGGUUUUUUUAGAAAUAAAUGAUGAAAAAGCAGGGAUUGUUGGUCUUAUAGUUGAACUAGAACAAUAAUACUGAUAUUUUGGGUUUUUUUUAUCUGUGUACUGUACUGUGUUUGGUGUUGAAACAGAAAUAUUUGGUCAAAUAUAGUUAUCAAGAAGAGUGUUGAACAUGUGUUAUGAGUUCUAUGAUUGAUGAGGGCUAGUGCUCUUUGUGGGUUGUAGUAAUACUCUGCAUUGUUCAUCGGUUGAAAAUAUUUGACAUUGGUUAUCGACUUUGUUAGCAAAAGUGUUGUGUGGAGGGAACAAAAUGAGCUUAGAAAACGAAGAUCAGAACUUGUUGGAUCAGGCAACUGAUAAUGGAUUGCAAAAGAAGUUGAAAAUUUCAUACACAAGAGAAUUUUUGUUAUCUGUUAGUGGAUUGGAUGUAUGCAAAGAGUUUCCUAGUGGGUUUGAUCAAUCACUUUUAAGUGAAUUUGAAGACGCUUCACUGGAUCGACAUAGAAGUACUGGUGCUCUGUCAACACAUAGUUUCAGACGCAAUGAGUACAGUUCAUCACCUCCAACCAGAGGGGAUACAAAUAACUUUUCGCGGGGAACUCAUGGAAAAUGGGAUUCUCGCUCUUCUGGACGUUCAGACAGAGACAGUGAUUCUCAAUCAGAAUGGGAUUCAGAUUCUGGAAAACGUAUUGGCAACCAGUCUCGGAGAUCUUUGCAAGGUCCUGAGCACGAUGGACUUCUAGGUAGUGGCUCUUUUCCAAGACCUGCUGGGUAUGCACCUGGGUUGUCUGCUCCUAAGUUUCGAGCUAAUGACAAUUACCAGCCAAAUCGGUCUAAUGAGCCCUAUCAUCCUCCUCGUCCUUAUAAGGCACCUCACUCUCGUAGAGAAACUAAUGACACUUUCAAUGAUGAAACUUUUGGCUCUUUGGAGUGUACAAGUGAGGACAGGGCAGAAGAGGAAAAAAAGAGAAGAGCCUCUUUCGAGUUGAUGAGAAAAGAGCAAACUGAAAAGCUUAAGAUGAAUCCAGACAAGAAUAAAGUGGAUUUUGACCUUUCUUCACUUAUCGACGAUGAUUCAAAAAGGCUAGUUGCUGGAAGCAAUGAGUCAAUGGAGCCCCCUUUGACUUUAGCAGGUUUAAGUAAUGAUGAGAAAUCUUCUUCCCAUUCACAUGCUUCAGCAAGACCACUUGUACCCCCUGGUUUUGCAAACACAGUGUUGGAAAGGAAUAUGGGUAGCAAAAUAUCCUCCAACACUCAUGUAGCAGAGGCUGGAAAACCUGAGCCUGGAGAUACCCGAGGUAGCCAUGUAUUCAGUAUAAAUCCUGAAAAUAAAGAAGGAAACUUAUCAACCAUGCAAGUGGAUAACAAUCAACAGAAUCUUCAAAGGGCAGAUAUAAAUGUUUCAAUCAACAAUGAGAAAGAAAAUGCUUUUAAUUUAUCAUCUUCUGUGGAUAUCCCCAACAUUAAGAUUGGAAUUAAUGAUCAACUAAGAAAGAGAUACGCUCUUUCAGAAGCCUUGGAAGCAUCCGAUGACAAUACAUUUAUUCCACUUAAGGCUGAAGUGAAAGGAAAGGAGGCCGUAGGAGCAGCUUUCCAUCCUGAGAGUUCCGAGUCUAUCCUAUACAAGCUUUUUGGUAAUGCUUCAACGCUAACCAGUGGCAUAUCUACCAGUACUGUUGAGCAGCCUGAUCAUAAAGCAGAUGAGACAUGGAGUCCACAUGCUAUCCAAUCUUCGAAGUUUGCUCAUUGGUUUGCUGAAGAAGAAAAGAAGUCAAUGGAUGACUUGACACCUAAGCCAAAUGACCUGCUCUCGCUUAUUGUUGGCGGUGAAAAGGGUGGGUUGCAGGCUUCCAAUGUAGAGACAACCCAUCAUAUUGCACCAAAUUCUAGUUUCCAAAAUCCUGAACCUGCUGGUGAGCGCGUAAAUGUAACACAUGCCACUAUUAGUAACUCCGAGCUAUCAUACAAGAGUGAUGUACCUGAGAUUUUACCUGCAGUUCUUACAUGUGAAGAUCUCGAACAGUCAAUUCUAUCACAAGUUAGUGAAAAUGGUUCGUCAUCUCAGCAGCAAAUGCAGGACAAGGAUUUUGGUGCAAAGGCAGGGCAGUCCAAUUCAAUUGAUGGUCAUGCUUCCGAGCAUAUUCUUUCUUUGUUACAGAAAGGACCCUUGCGUAAAGAUAUGGAACUAUCAUCUGUUAUACAUUCUACUGACACGGUGCAUAACACUGAAAGAGCAACUACUGGAAAAUUUCUUGAUAAUCCAGAGGAAGUACAUGCAGAUGCUUCUAAUUCAUCAAAAACAUUGACGCUGGAAACACUUUUUGGAUCAGCUUUUAUGAAGGAGCUGCAAUCAGUUGGAGCACCCCUUUCUGUUCAAAGAAGUUCAAUUGGAUCUGCAGGUGCUGAUUUUUCAGAGUCUCAGUUGUUUCCCUUCCCUACCUCAGACAAUGUCAAUCCUCCUACCGGCGAGCUUACACUGAACAGUCAUGGAAAUGGUGGUGCCUUUCCUUCAGAAAAAACUCAUCAACCCAUAUCAAAUAGAUUUGAAGAGCAGUGGUUAGGUUAUGGUGAUUCUCAUGGAGAUGUUAAUUCAUCCCUACUUCAAACUGGAAUUUCCAAGGCUAGUGGUUUCAAUCGAUCUCACGAUUUUCGCCUCCCUGAAGAAAAUAGCUUGAUUUCUGCUGGCGAUCCUCUGCAAACCUUUUUAUCUGUUGGAAAUUCAGCUAAGGCAGAUUUGUCUCAAGACACACCUGCUGAGAUUACUAGAAAACUGGCAGCUCUGAAUUCUGCAUUUAGAGACGAACGACUUAUGAUGAGAAAUCAAGGUCAAGCGUACCCUCGUGGUCCUUAUGAUAUAAGGGAACCCGGUAAUCCAUAUCAAAAUCUUAAUGCCCACCGACCUUCACAGCUCCAAUCCCAUCAGUUGAAUCACAUUGGUCCAAUGUUUAAUCAACCGGACUCUCACUCUCCUCAUAUUAGUUCUUAUAUGAACCAUGCAACUUCUGAAGGUAUGGUUCAUCAUGAUUCUCCAUCCAACCGUCAAUUUCCAGGAAAUAUGCUUCGUCCUCCUUUCCAUCAACCAAACAGUGUUGUAACUGGGUUCGAUCCUCCUGCUCAUCACCCUCUGUUACAGCAGAUGCAUAUGCAAGGAAACCUUCCUCCACCUCAUCUAUUACGAGGUUUUCCGAGGGGCGGGGCUAUGCCCCCUCAUCCCAGUAAUCCGAUGUCUGGUAUUAUGCAGGAGCCAAACCCAAUGCAAGGCUUCCCAUUUAAUGGCCAGCAGCAUCCUGGUUUAGGGGGCCCUGGAAUGCAAUUGCAAGCUCCAGGAGUUGCUGGUGGAAGGAAUCAUCCAGAAGCACUUCAGAGGCUUUUUGAGAUGGAGCUUAGGUCAAACUCAAAGCCAAUCCAUAGUUCAGGGCACAAUCAGGGGGGGAUUCAUGAACUAGACUUGGGGUUUGGAUAUAGAUAGUGUAUUAUCAAUGUUGAUGUGUAUACUAACUAGAUUGUAUUCUCCAAAUGUUGAUCUAUAACCCUCUCCUGCAUGAAAGAUGAUAAUGGGUUUACUGUGUUGUUUUUCUUUGUUGUAAUUAAUGAAUGCUCUUCAAUUUUCAUCUUCA